AGAUCAGCUAAUUUCACUUGAAGCCACUGCAAGGUCACCAGUGCCCGAGUGUACAUGUCCUGUGGGAUUCACCUUUCCCUCCACACGCUGGGAAUCCAUCAGUGGUGUAGCUGUAUUUGGAGAAAGGAAUUUAUGUUCUAGACAUGGUGAUGAGCACCAUGCAGGCUGCCACCCGGUACAAUGUGGCUCGAUCAGCUUACUCUGAAAACACCUUUAAAAGGGACAAUCAGAAAAUGGAGAGAUAUCACAAGACCCCAGUUGAUCAUUUUCAGGCCUAUUUCAGUUGUUCAGUUGUAAAGGCAAAGCGGAUAUUUUAUACAUUGUUUCCUGUGGCUUCCUGGCUGCCAACAUACAACUUCAAGGACUGGCUCGUGAGUGACAUAAUCUCUGGCAUCAGCACUGGGCUUGUGGCUGUACUACAAGGUUUGGCAUUUGCCUUGUUGGUGUCUGUACCUCCUGGCUAUGGUCUCUAUGCAGCCUUUUUCCCAGUGUUGACCUAUUUCCUGUUUGGAACCUCGAAGCACUUAUCAGUUGGUCCCUUCCCUGUGGUGAGCCUGAUGGUGGGCACCGUGGUGGACAGAUUGGUCGUUGAUGGUGUUGCUGGUGGCAAUAGCACCAUCUUCCCCGAGGGAAUGAGCGACGAGGACAGAAAAGUGUGGGUUGCCACGUCUGUCACCUACCUGGCUGGCAUUUUCCAGCUGGGCCUCGGCUUGCUGCAGUUUGGAUUUAUUGUCGUCUAUCUGUCAGAGCCUCUGAUUUCUGGCUUCACCACAGCAGCAGCCAUCCACGUCUUGGUGUCUCAGCUUAAGUUUGUGUUGGGAAUCAGAGUUCCCAGUUUCAUGGGGAAAUUGUCCGUUAUGUAUACCCUGGAAUAUAUCUUCAACAAUAUCCCUGAAACUAACAUCACUGACCUUGUUACCUCAAUCAUUGUCAUUCUUAUUGUAUUUAUUGUGAAAGAGAUCAAUGAUCGAUACAAGUCCAAGCUCCCUGUACCAAUACCCAUUGAAGUUAUAAUGACUGUCAUAGCAACCGGAGUCUCAUAUGCAUUCAGUUUUGAGGAGAGAUAUCAAGUGGACAUUGUGGGAAACAUAACCAGUGGAUUUCAGACUCCGCUGACCCCAAACGCAGCUGUCCUGGAGGACAGUAUUAUAGAUGCUUUCUCCAUCGCAAUUGUUGGCUUUACUGUAGCUUUCUCUGUGGCCAAAGUGUAUUCUAUCAAACAUGACUAUACCAUAAAUGGUAACCAGGAGUUAAUAGCUUUCGGAAUCAGUAAUAUAUUUUGUGGAGCAUUUCGAGGGUUUGCAGGCAGCACAGCUCUCUCGAGAACGGCUGUUCAGGAAAGCACUGGUGGUAAAAGCCAGAUUGCUAGUCUGGUGUCUGCUCUGCUGGUCAUGAUUGUGCUGUUGGCUAUUGGCUAUCUGCUGGCACCUCUCCAGAAGUCGGUUCUGGGAGCUCUUGUUGUGGUCAAUUUGAAAGGAAUGUUUUUCCAGUUCAGAGAAGUCGUAGUUCUGUGGAAAAAAGACAAGUAUGAUUGUCUGGUGUGGCUAGUUUCCUUUGUUGCUGCUGUUCUGCUUGGCCUUGACCUGGGAUUGGCGGCUGGAGUGGCGUUUGAGCUUCUCACAGUUGUGUUCAGGACACAGUUCUCGCAGUUCUCUGUUUUGGCUAACAUAAACGGAACUGACAUUUACAGAAAUAGAAAGGAUUAUCAAAAUAUCUACGAACCAGAGGGAUUGAAAAUAUUCAGAUGCCCAUCACCAAUUUUCUUUGCAAAUAUAAAUUCCUUUCGGGACAAGCUUAUUGAAGUUCUUGGAUUUAAUCCACUUAGAAUCCUCCGCAAACGUAACCGAGCUGUGCUGAAGAUACGAAAGCUGCUGAAAAAAGGAGAAAUAAUGACUACAUUAAAAGGCUAUAUGUACACCCCUAAUGCAAGCUAUACUGAGGACAGCUCUGAGGAUGAGGACGAUAACAAUAAUAUUGAGAAUUUGGACAAACCAGUCGAGAUGAAAGACUUGCCAUUGUGCAUUGACUGGAACAGAAGCCUCCCUGGCAAUUUGCAGGUGCCUGGUGUGGAUACACACAGUGUGGUGUUUGACUUUGCGGCAGUCUCUUUCCUGGACGUGUCAGCGAUCAACACCUUAAAAGGGAUAUUGAAAGAGCUUGUGCGAAUCGAAAUCGAUAUCUACAUCGCAGCCUGUGAUGAUCUGAUCAUCGAAAAGUUGGAAAAAUGUGGAUUUUUUGACGAUGAAAUCAACACAAACAUAUUUUUUAUUACAAUUCAUGAUGCUAUUCUACAUAUCUUAGGAAGAUAUGAUCCAGAAAAAACAAAUUAUGAAUGUGACAAUAGGCAAGGCAAUGUGUAUGUUGACAACAGAGAACUAUCUAAUGGAGAGUUGAAAAAGAGGGACUAUACGGUCCGUGUAGAGACCAAGUUCUGAUUGUUCUAGCUCUGAACUCUGGAUAAAACACGCUGCAGGAAAUGUCUACAUCAGCAGUUUCUAAGUACACAGAAAACUAAAACAAUGUACGUUUAAGACUUUAGCUUUAAUAUGUGCCACUGUUAAUGCACAAAAUGUAUGCUAUGCAUACUAUCAAAGAUUUGGUUCUCAUGAAGCUCGACUAACAUCCCAAUCUGUUUGUUACAUAAGUUACUGUGUACAUCACUGAUCAAUGAAGAAAGGUCAAGUGUCGAGCAGAGAUUUACAGUUCUUCUUUAUGUCAACAUUUCUCAUUGUUCUAGAUACUAACAACCCCAUUUACACUGGGAAUAAUACAGAGCUGACUAUGUUUGAUAAUAAUACAGAGCUACCCCAUUGUCCUGAGUGAGACAGCUUAUCAGAAAACAAUAAUGAACUGGAAAGUCAGAUUUACAUUGUGACAAAAAAAUUAUGAAUUUGGUGCGGCAGAAUGUAGCCCAGUCUCAGUUUACAUUGCACUGCAGGCAAGUGUUCUGAGGGAGAUUCAAUAUAUCAGUGUACAAAUACAGUACUUUCAUUCAGAAUAUUUACACUGGUGAUAAUUAAAAUUUAUACUGAGUAUCCAGAUAGAUGAGAAAUGCAGAACAUUAGAGCAUUAAUCACAAUGUCAUAACAUGAAGGGAG